AUGGUGUGGCAGUUGCUGCCACUCCAUGCGCUCGAUGAAGAAGUUGUUCCACUUCCCUGUGACGGAGAUGCCCCUAUCGGGCGGCGGCCUAACAACUUCCUCGUGUGUCCUCAUCUUGCAGUGAGUGGAACUCACUGCAUUCUGCACUGCAGUGCUGGCCGCCCUCCUGAAUUUGAGGACUGCAGCACGAACGGCAGCUUCGUGAACGACAAGAAGCUGCUGAAGGGCCAGAGGUGUCGUCUAGCCGAUGGAGACGUCCUUUCCCUCACCAAACCACUCGAUGCAGAGGUGGAGCCGAAGGAUGGGGUGGAGCCGGGCCCUCGCAUCCAGUACAAGCUGGUCUUCCACGGAGAGCUCGAAGAGCCCAGGGAGGAUCUCGGUGAGAUUCCGGCAACGGCGCCUGAUCCAAAGCGGCCCGAUGCGGCACAGGGGGAGAACCGCUUUGCCCAUUACUUGUCAAUCCAGGAGCAGCAGAGCAAAGCAAAGCUCAAAGCUGACCUGCUAGUUUCCCAGCGCGAGCUGGAUGAAGAACGUCAACGCGUUGAAAACCUCAGCCUAGAGCUGCGCAAAGUCCGCCAGCAGGCCGAGGAGGAGCGGCUUCGGCGCGAGGAGGCCGAGGAAGCCCAGGACAAGCUUGGUGAGGAGGUGGAGGCGCUCCGGGUAGAGGCACGACAGCUGAAGGAACUAACCGUCGCACACGAGGAACUUCGAGGACGUCACGCAACUUCUGAAAAGGAGCUGGCAGAGCGGAGCCGGCAAUGCGAGGAUCUCGAGGCUCAGCAGCAGCAGUUGCGUGAGGACUUGACACUGGCUGGCGAGGCACAGCAAAAGUUGCGACAGCAACUGGCUGAGCUGCAGGUCUGCGCCAAACAAGUGCAGGAGUGGGCGGAAAGGCUAAUUCGGCAGCAGCAGCUCGAGGCUGAGCAGGAUGCUGAACGCGCAAGCGAGGAGGGCCAGCGGCUCCAGGAGGAGCUCCAGGUCAUCGCUUCAAGCCGCGAGAAGCUGGAGGCGGAUGUGUCGGCAAGCAGAGAAGCUCUCGCGAAGGCAGAGGCAGAUGAACGAAGCGCGCGCUCGAAGCUGGACGAUGUCACAGCCAAGCGCACUGAGCUGGAGUGUCAGGCGGCAGCUGCGCAGUCCGAUGCCGAGACAAAGAGGAAUGCGUUCAAGGUCGCUGAGCAGCGCUCUGCCGCAGCUCGAGCCUUGCUCACGCAACUGGGUGAGGUGGGCAAAGGCCUCUCCAGCGAACCGGGCCGCAGGCUGGAGCUGUGGGACGAGGUUCUCGAGGAGGGCCUUCCUGGCGCUGCCAAACCCUUGGAAGAGGCCCUGGCGGCCACCUGUCGCGAGGAGCCAGUUCCAGAUGGUCAGCUGCGAGCCCGAGAUUCCGAGCUCUCCUUACAAUGUGAGAAGCCGCGGCAGGAGCCACUUCUUACAGCACAGCCCACGGUUGCGGCCAUGGAGCUUGACGACGAGGACAAGAAUGGGGCGCCUUUGGCGUCGGAACCUCCGCCCACGGUUCCGCAGGCCGAGAAUGUUGGCCUUUCAACCGCAUGGAGCCUCGAAGUCCUGGACGUGGAGUCGGCGCCGCCGCGGAAGAAGCUCCGCCAUGACUGA